CCGUCGCUGGCUGUCGCGGUCCUCCGAGCUGCUGGCGCGCACCGCGAUGGCGGAGGCGGUGGAGCGCACCGACGAGCUGGUCCGGGAGUACUUGCUCUUCCGCGGCUUCACGCACACUCUGCGGCAGCUGGACGCCGAGAUCAAGGCGGACAAGGAGAAGGGGUUCCGGGUGGACAAGAUUGUGGACCAGCUACAGCAGUUAAUGCAGCUGUACGACUUGGCUGCCCUUCGGGAUUACUGGAGCUACCUGGAAAGACGGCUCUUCAGCCGUUUGGAAGAUAUCUAUAGACCCACCAUCAACAAGCUGAAAACCAGCCUCUUCCGCUUUUAUCUUGUCUACACAAUCCAGACCAACAGAAAUGACAAAGCUCAGGAGUUCUUUGCGAAGCAGGCCACAGAGCUCCAGAACCAGGCCGAGUGGAAAGAUUGGUUUGUCCUGCCCUUCCUGCCAUCUCCAGACACCAACCCCACUUUUGCUACCUACUUUUCUCGACAAUGGGCAGACACCUUCAUUGUGUCCCUACACAACUUCCUGAGCGUCCUGUUUCAGUGCAUGCCAGUUCCUGUGAUCCUGAACUUUGAUGCAGAGUUCCAGAGGACCAAUCAGGUUCAAGAAGAAAAUGAAGUCCUGCGUCAGAAGCUUUUUGCAUUGCAAGCUGAAAUCCAUCGACUGAAGAAGGAGGAACAGCAGCCUGAAGAGGAAGAGACCCUGGUCCAACACAAAUUGCCUCCUUAUGUCUCCAGUAUGGACCGCCUUGGGGACUCUGAGCUAGCCAUGGUAUGCAGCCAGAGGACCACCUCACUCUCCCAGUCACCCCGAGUGGGCUUCCUGUCCUCACUACUGCCUCAGAGUAAGAAGAGCCCCUCAAGGUUGUCGCCUGCCCAAGGCCCUGCUCAGGCUCAGAGCUCGGCCAGGAAAGAGACCUUCAGUGGCCAGGCCAUCAAGGGGAAGGACCUGGGGCCGGUAGCCAAGGACGGGAAGAGCCUCUUAGGUGCGUCAGCGUCGGAGUCUAGCUGGGCGCAGCAGCGGCAGCGGCGUCUGCAGGACCAUGGCAAGGAGAGGAAGGAGCUGUUCUCCACGACCUCCUCCCAGGGUGCAGAGAAGAAGCCGGAAGCCAGUGGCCCAGAGGCUGAGUCCUGUCUGGAGCUCCACAUGGAGCCAGUAGAGCCGCUGGCACGGGUGGCCAUGGUGGGCCCUGAGGGCGGAGGAGGCCGUCCGGAGCAGCCCUUCAUCGUGCUGGGCCAGGAGGAGUAUGGGGAGCAUCACUCAUCCAUCAUGCAUUGCAGAGUGGAUUGCUCCGGAAGGAGGGUCGCCAGCUUAGAUGUGGAUGGGGUCAUCAAAGUGUGGUCCUUCAACCCCAUCAUGCAGACCAAAGCGUCCUCCAUUUCCAAGUCACCACUCCUCUCUCUGGAAUGGGCCACCAAGCGGGACAGGCUGCUCUUGUUGGGCAGUGGUGUGGGGACAGUGCGUCUUUAUGACACAGAAGCCAAGAAGAACCUCUGUGAAAUCAACAUCGACGAUGAUAUGCCCAGAAUCCUGUCUCUCGCGUGCAGCCCCAGCGGGGCCUCUUUCGUGUGUUCGGCCGCAGCUCCGAGCCUCACUUCCCAGGUGGACUCCUCCGCCCCGGACAUCGGCAGCAAGGGCAUGAACCAGGUUCCUGGCAAGCUGCUGUUGUGGGACACGAAAACCAUGAAGCAGCAGCUCCAGUUCUCCCUGGAGCCCGAGCCCAUCGCCAUCAACUGUACAGCCUUCAAUCACAAUGGGAACCUGCUGGUCACAGGCGCAGCAGAUGGUGUCAUCCGCUUGUUUGACAUGCAGCAGCACGAGUGCGCCAUGAGCUGGAGGGCCCACGGCGGGGAGGUCUACUCCGUGGAGUUCAGCUGUGAUGAGAAUGCCGUGUACAGCAUCGGCGAGGACGGCAAGUUCAUUCAGUGGAACAUUCACAAGAGUGGCCUGAAGGUGUCAGAGCACGGCCUCCCCGCAGACGCCACGGGCCCCUUUGUGCUGUCCGGCUACAGCGGCUACAAGCAGGUGCAAGUGCCCCGGGGCCGGCUGUUCGCCUUUGAUUCGGAGGGCAGUUACAUGCUGACGUGCUCUGCCACCGGCGGCGUCAUCUACAAGCUGGGUGGCGACGAGAAGGUUCUGGAAAGCUGCCUGAGCCUGGGUGGCCACCGCGCUCCCGUGGUCACGGUGGACUGGAGCACGGCCAUGGACUGUGGGACGUGCCUCACCGCCUCCAUGGACGGCAAGAUCAGGAUGACCACCCUCUUGGCCCACAAGCGCUGACGGCUCCGCCCGGAGCCACGCCGCGGCGGCAGCAUCAUCCUGGGCCGGGAGAGAGAUGGGACGGGAGAGCCGCUGAGCCUCCUCCAGACCCCACGUCUUCAGAGAACAACGUGGGGGGGCGGGGCUCGUCCCUGUCCAGCCAGGCGACUGGAACCGGAGCCUCACAUGGCAGUGCCACCCGGGGGCCCGCGUCCUAACUGGGGUUGUGUUACAAGUGUGCUUCGGAACUAUGGGAGGAAAGCUCUGGAAGGAGAAGAAAGAAGAGAUGGCUUCUGCGUGGGCCCAGGAGAGAUCCACAGUAUUUUGUACAUAUUUGCUCUUCUUUCUUUUCUUUCCUUUUUGUAAAAAGCGAAUGCUCUG